AUGCUCGUACAGGAAUCUGAUAUCCAUCUAUACCAUCUCACCCUACAGAGACAAUCCAACUAUACGCUCUCGUGUACGGGACAUUUUGUGGACCUGGUAGAAACUCAAGUUAAACAACCAAGACCUCUACAGUUGUUACUAGCUACGGAGACGCACGUAGAACUAUACGAUAUAUCCACUGGUUCCUUCUCCAAGAUUUAUCAAUGGCCUAUCUUUGCCACUUUGAAAACUAUGCAAUCUUUUAGGCCAAUAAAUUCGAAAUUUAAUUUUAUCGCCAUAACUUCAGAUGCUGGUAAUUUAACAAUUUUACAUAUAACAAAAUCACACCAUUCAUACAAACUUACGACACUAUACAAUGAACCUAUAACCAGAUCCGGGAUAAGGAGACUCGCGGCUAUAGAAUACUGCCAAAUAGACCCAAGAUCUAGAUGUCUAAUGAUUUCAGCCAUUGAAAAAUUCAAAUUUGCAUAUCUUUUAAACUAUAAUGAAGUCGAUUCCAAAUUGACAAUUUCAUCACCAUUAGAAAUUAUUAGAUCAAAUUAUAUAACGUUAUCUCUGGUGGCAUGUGCUUCAAAUUUUAUAGAUAAUCCAAUCUUUGCAUCUUUAGAAAUUGAUUCCCAUAAAAAUUCACAUCUUAUAUUCUAUAUGUUAGAUUUAAGCCUAAAUCAUAUCGUGAAAAAAUCAGAUUAUACUUUACAUCCAUCUGCAAAUUUCCUCAUGGAUUUACCUGAUUUAGCCAAAUAUGGCAUAUCUACAAAUAUCCUCGGUAAUGAUGAGCAAUCAAUAAAUUCAUUCGUCAUUGUCGGUUUCAAUAGUUAUAUCCUUAUUAAAGACCUGAAUGGCUAUUAUAACAUCAAGAUUAGCAUUCCAAAAAGAGAAAACUCAACUCAUAAUGAUAGUAAUGACCAUCCCGUCACCAUCAUAUCAGGCUGCCUUCAAACUGUAAAAGAUGGCUUCUUCAUCCUUUUACAGACUAAUGUAGGUGAUCUUUUCAAACUAAAAGUUGAUCCCGAUGAAAAUGAUAGAAAUAGACCAACAGUAUCAUUUACCUAUUUCGAUACCAUCCCCAGGAGUGAACAACUACAUAUUUUCAAAAAUGGGUAUCUUUUUGCCAACUGUGAACUUCAUGAUAACUAUUUACUACAAUUUGAAAGCCUGGGAUCUGAUAUUCAAGAGAUAAACGAGUCAUUCAGCCCAAAUUUGCAAUCAUUGGAAAACCUAGCAAUUUCUGACACUCAAAAAAAUUUAAAUCCACUUUUACCAAAUACAAUAAAUUUAAACCAAUCCACUCCUCUUGUUUUGACUCAAAAAUAUGCAAAUGACGACAGUAUUAGACAUUUUUCCAAUUCAAUAGAUUUCGAAGAUUUUACAUCGUCAGAUUUACCACUUAAUCCACAAAAUCUUUGGACUUUAAAAUUAAACUCUUCCGCAUUUCAUGAACUUCUGGUCCUAUCUUUCCAAAAUUCAACAAUGCUCCUCAAAGUGGAAAAUGAUUCUAUUGAAGAUAUGAAAUUUCCAGAUUCAGUCCCUUUUAUCUUGAAAAAUGAUAAGACAAUUCAUGUAACAAUAUUAAACAAUAUCUAUAUCAUUCAAGUCUGCCAUAACCAACUUGUCCAAGUUUCUACUUCUGAUUUCAAGCAAGUUUCGUCGUGGUUUCCUCCCGCUGGUAUACACAUCAUAGCUGCAUCAUCCACUCAUAAACAAUUGGUAGUCGCACUUUCCAAUAAUCAAGUGAUCUAUUUCGAAAUGCCAGGUGAAGAUAGCACUCUUGUUGAAUCAACAAAAAAAUUACAACUAUCAACUCGCGUCCUCACUCUUUCGUUAAGAUUGGACGUAAAUAAAUUCAGCAAAAAUCUAAUUGUCGCCACAGAUGAUGCAUUAAUUCAUAUCGUGUCAUUAGAUCAUGAAAAGAGUGAGGAUGAAUUUUUGGAAAUCACCUCUUUUCAAAAAUUACUUGGUAACGUUAGUAGUAUCACCUACAUUGAAGAUACUAUUCAUUUAGGUUUAGAUAAUGGUGUUUAUAUUCGUUCUAAAUUUUUCGGUGGGAAUAACGACCUUAUUUCAGAUGUACGCACCAAAUAUCUUGGCAAUAAGCCAGUAAACUUAUCUAUUCUGCCAAGAGCAUAUUUAAGACAGAAUGCUGAAGAAGAAACUGAAGAAGACAACGAGGAAUCAGGUAUCAAUGAUCCAGAAAAAGAGUCAACGUCUUGUGUGGUUAUACAUUCAGAAAAUACCUGGGUACAUUAUAACUAUGAUAACCUGGAAUAUAUCAGGCCUGUUUCUUUUAGUGGUGAUUAUAAAAACUUGAAAAGGAUUUCAGAAUUUACUACAACAGAUAUCAAAUAUAAUGGAUGCUGUGCUCUCUCAAACUCUGGUAAACUUAUCAUUGGUAGGUUCAAGACUUUUAUUUUCAAGAAUAAUUGGUUCAGAAUUGACGAAAGCAAAAUUUUGAGGAGUGACGAGGUUCAAGAGGAUGACGAAAAUGGAAGUACUGGCGAUGACGAAGAGGAAGAGGAAUUGAACCAAAAAUUCACAAUGUCAAAUUUCAUAAACAAAACAACUCUAUCUUUUAAUGGUUACACUAUAUUUCUCGAAAAUUUCAAAGAUACAAGCGAAAAACAGUGCAGAGUGUCCAUCAUGCGGGCACAAUUUAAAGAAUUCCUCAACAAUGAAGGUCAGUCGAAUAGCGUAUACCAAACACUACCCAAUGUUAAUGUCUCUUCAGCAACGACGCUGAACUUCUCCGAUAAAACAGUCCAUUUGAUUUUAUCCACUGAUAAGGGAACUUUACUAACCUUUGAACUAUCAUUGAAGAAAGAAAAUUAUAAAUUGUUGAAAAUGCAUGAGACCCUUAUUGGCGAGAAGGUCUCGACUAUAAUUCCAUUCAACAAUAUGCUAUUGGUGCCACUCUUUGGAAGUCUAGUUCUUUACUCGUUAGGGAAAAAACAGCUUCUGAAGAAGUCUAUCACAAAAUUAAUACCCUCGAUAAGGAGAGUUAGUACCUUAGCGAACUGGGAGAAUUUAAGAAUUGCAGUUGGUGAUAAUUAUGAAUCAGUUACUGUAUAUGAAUUUGAUAAACAGUCGAAUGAGUUUAUUCCUCUCGCAGAUGAUACUAUUAAAAGAUCAGUUACUGCACUGGCAUUUCUAGAUGAGCUGACAGUUAUUGGCGGCGAUAAAUAUGGGAAUAUCUGGACGUUAAGACUGCCCGAAGAUACAGACCCAGUAAAUACGGAGAUAAACAGCUUCAGAGAUUUACCUAAAAAUAUCAUGGAAUGCCCUUUCAAACUAAAAUUGAAAAAUCACUUUUACGUGAAUGAUAUCCCUAUGUCCUUUCAUGUUAUAGAGUCAUUACAAAGAUCGGACAGAGUUACAGUUCUUUACUCGGGUUUACAGGGCACAAUUGGUAUUUUUAUUCCAAUUCUUUCCAAAAAUCAAAUCAAGACCCUCAAAAGUUUAGAAACGUCGAUAGACAACUUGGAAAUGGCUAUGCUCGAUUUCAGAUCCGAUAAGAAGUCUAGGGACGAUGAGGACGAUUAUGCCAGUGUAACUGAGGAAAGAGCGCUCGUCAGCAGAGACAAGGCAAAUGAGGUCAUUGAAGGGUCAUACUCAACGGUAGGAAGGGAUCGUUUCAUAUACAGAAGUUAUUAUGCCCCUGUCAAGCACGUUAUUGAUGGAGAUUUGUGUGAGACUUUCAUUGAUUACUCACAGAUCGAACAGGAUCUCAUAUGUCAGGAUAUUGGUAAAAAAUUCAAACCUUUGGAUAUCAUUCGAAUGAUAAAUGAAGUUAGGACUAAUUAUAUAUAA